CUAAUGACUAAAUUGUUUGAACAAACAAAAUUGAAGUAUUCUGUUGUACGUCUUUGUAAAGAUUCUAUUCUUGAUAUAUUUAUUUAAUCAUAAACAGAAAUCCACUACAGUUGAAUUUAACGAAAUAUGGCUGGAAAUUUAGGAUUUAAUGUUGGAUCAUGUGGUUCACAGUUACAUCCAACUGUAAUGCCUGCAUCAAAUUUCAAUCCAGAACAUGAUUGUGAACGCUUAAGAAAUGCUAUGGCAGGAUUAGGGACAAAAGAAAAAGAAUUAAUUGAAGUAUUUAGUAAUCGUUCUGCAGAUCAACGUGCAGUUCUUGUAAAAAAAUAUAAAUCAAUGUUUGGAAAAGAUUUAAUUGAACAUUUCAAAUCUGAACUUAGUGGACACUUUUAUGAUACUAUGGAAGCAUUGUGUUUAAGUUCAUAUGAAUUCGAUGCCCGUGAAUUAUACAGAGCAAUGAAAGGAGCUGGUACAAAUGAAUCUAUAUUGAUUGAGAUUCUAUGUACUCGAACAAAUUAUCAAUUGAAGAAGAUAAAAGAAGCUUAUAAAAUAUUCACUGGACAUAAUCUUGAAAAUGAUGUAAGUGGUGAUACAUCUGGAGAUUUUAAACAUUUAUGUAUUGCAUUAUUACAAGCAAACAGAGAUGAAUCCAUACAUGUUGAUCAACAACUUGCACGUAAAGAUGCUGAAGCCCUGUAUCAAGCAGGUGAAAAAAAAUGGGGAACUGAUGAAUCAAAAUUUAUUCAAGUUUUUGCUACACGAUCUCCUGAACAUUUAAAAGCCGUAUGUCGAGAAUACAGUAAUUUUAGUAAGAAAACUUUGGAAGAAGCUUUGAAAUCUGAAAUUUCAGGAAGUUUACUACAGUGUCUUUUGACCAUUCUUCAGUGUGCAAAUAACAAAGCAUUAUAUUUUGCUGAAAGAUUAAGAAAAUCUAUGAAAGGAAUUGGAACUAAGGACAGAGAUUUAAUUCGUAUUGUAGUGUCACGUUGUGAAAUUGAUUUGCAUUUGAUUAAGAGAGAAUUUUACGAUCUAGCUGGUGAUUCCUUAGAAGCUUGGAUUAAAGAUGAUACCAGCGGAGAUUAUCGUGAAUUGUUAUUAUCACUUGUUCGUACAAAUCUAUAAAUAACAAAUAUUGAUCAGAAUGAAAGUAUUUGAUGUUUAACAUUAUUACAUAAUAUACUAGACUAUUUUGCGUUACAAAAUGUUAUUACGUCUUAAUUGAUUAGUUUAUUUGUUUGCUGUUUUUUUUAAUUUUUAAUAUUGAUUAUUUUAAUUUGUAUAAACUUUUAAUUACUAUGCAUGUCUAAUUUGCUGGGAGGGGGGGCUUUCUUCGCUUACUUCACCUUUUCUUUCUGCCUAUCUUAUUACUAUUUAUUACUAUCAUACGAUAAACGUCAUAUGAAUUUCACUUCCUCGGACAUUUUGAUAAAAAAAAUUCCAAAAAACAUAAAACAAUACACACGUACACACAACUAAUGAAUAUGUUUUUGUCCGUCUAUUCCACGCUUAUUCUAUUGACCUUCAUUUGUUCUUGUUGUGUUUAUUUGUUUUUUCACGAAUUUCAUUCAUGAAAAUUGAUCAAUAAAUCACUGCCAUCCAACUUAUACAUAUAUACCCAUUUAUAAAUAGUUUUGGUAAUAGACCAAUGAAAUAUUGAA